UUGUACAUUUUAUGACAUUACAUUUAUUUCACUCUUUGUUUUAUUUUUGUCAUCUCUCUAUUUUCUUCCAAUUCAUGUAAUUAUUUUCUUCACUUAAUUCACUCUCUAUUUUUUUUUCCCUAAAAUUUUUAAAAAAGAAGAAAGAAAAUGGAAGGAAAUAAGAGAAACAAGAGACCAUUUGAAGAAUCAAGUGACAAAAAUUAUAUAAAUCUCAAAAUUAAAUCUCAGGAUGGUACAUUUAUGUACUACAAAGUUAAGCCUACUUCGAUAAUGAAGAAGUUAUUCAUGUCAUACUCUGAGAGGAAGCAAAUUCUAAAUUACAAAACAAUUCGAUUUCUCUACAAUGGUAAUCGUGUUUCAUCAAGAAGUACUGUAAAUCAAGAUGAUACAAUACUUCAUUUCAAAGUGAAUCCUAGUACAAUUAUGAAGGAUAUAUUCAUGUCAUACAGUUCAAAAAAACAAAUGAUGAAUUAUAAAGUAUUUCGAUUUUUCUUAGAUGGAAAACGUCUUUCGUCACAUAAGACCGUGAAUGAACUUGGAUUAAAAAACGGUGAUGAAAUCGAUGCUAUGAUUCAUCAAGAUGGAGGAGGAUCUGCUUGCAACUAUUAAUGAAGCAGCAUAUCACACAUGAAAAUGUUGCAUUUUUGUAAUUAGGCUAAUUUUUAGUUAUCUUGUAAACUUGACAUAGUUUAUUUGGUCAAAUUGAUAAAUUAAGAUUUGGGAUUUGA